AUGCUGCGUCGCAUCGCAUCGUUGGGCUUCGAAGCCCCUGAUGGUCAGCCUGGCGACCGAGAGUCCAUGCCUCCCAUCCCGGGGGAUGCGUCCCCGUCUUCCGAGUCCAAAAGUACUGGAGGCCUGGCCAGCGUCUUCAAGGGCCUGACGGGCGGGUCCAGGAUCUCAAAGGCCCCUCCCGUGCCCUCCUCGUCCAAUGCCCCCGCCUCAGCUCUGCUGUCCUCCGAACGAGUCAACACCGCCUCGCUAGCUGCCACAGGCGUGACCCCUCACUACAACGAAUGGCUCGACAAGCUCAAGUCCGGAACCCUCAGCGAGCGCAUCGCUGCUGCCGACUCCCUCCGUCUGACCCUGCCCGAGUAUCCGCUCGCGCCUGUCCUGCAAGUAUGGGAUGCUGCAAAAGAUUUGGUAGAGGCCUCGAGGCCCAGCGCUGUGAGGGCCGCCGGCUGGGAGCUGAUGGCUGAGUGCGCCAAGAACACCGCGAUCACGGAGCUCGAGCGCAAGGAAUACUUCCAGACCCUGUCUGGCCCCGCAAACCCAGACGACUCCUACCUGCGACUGGGUGCCCUUGUGGACCUGACGAACCACGGUCGCAACAUCUCUGGAUUCGACUACGAUAUCAUCCCGCUCCUGACGACCUGGCUUGCAGAUGCAUACAAUACUGCCAAACACAGGCGGAGGCAGACUCGCGGCGAGAAGAAGAGCUCAAAGGGGAAGGCCGCUGCGCCGUCCGAUGCGCCCGUGGCCGCCGAAGACAAGCUUCUCUCCCUGCUGGUCGCCUACAUCAUUGAGGUUCUCAAGUUCAACUUCAGGGUCGCCGAUGACGAUGUCAUAGGGCGGCUGAUCGAUACACUCCUUGACAUCUGCACGAAAACGACUGUCGAGGAGGAUCUGAUAUGUUGUAUCGAGGUAAUUGACGCCGUCAUUACCUACGGGUCUGUCCCGAAGCGGACCCUGGGCCGCUGUGUUGAGAUCCUCAGCUCGAUCUACUGCCUCGUGAGCGAUCUCCAGAAGACAGCCUGGCAUACACUGGCGAAUCUCCUCAAAUCACACAAUGGACAAGCUACUGUUCGGGUCCUGCUGAGCCUGCUGAGAGACUAUCCCCGCAACGGCCACGAGUCGAGUGAAGCAUUCAGGAUUGUUAGAGGCUCCCUGAGCGUCCUCCAGAAAUUGGUAGGGAAGUCCUCCGAGAAAGGAUACCCCACAGUGCCGUUGGCUUUGCUCAUAGACGGCUGUAACAAUGUCAUCGGCAAGUCACAAACCAGACGGAUAGCAGGGCCGACCCUGAAAUUGAUCAACACCUUAUUCAACGACGGCACACAGAAACUCAACCCGCUUCUGGAGGACGAGGACUGGACCCUCGUCCUGGAGGUGGCUGAGAAGUGCGUGGGUCGCCUGCCAUCUGACACCGAGGCCUCGCGGUCGAGAUUGAGCUUGUCCAGCGAGGGCAAGAAAGGUGAUAUAGGUCCCGAAGAACUCGAAAUCCUGCUCCGAAGACUAGAGGUUCUCGUGCGAGAGGGCGGCUCCGACUUCAUCCAGAGACAAGAGUGCAUUGCAUUUCUAACCAGAAUUCCUCACGUCCUCCUCGACUCGACGGCCGCUCUCGUUCUGGAUCACUUCAAGGAGUUUCGGUGCUGCUAUCCCUCGGAUCUGGACUGGGAAGCAAACCUCUCCCUGGUGUUGGACUUCUUCUUUCUCGAUCGUAGCCGCUCAACAGCUGUUCGGAUACAGGCUCUUCAAGCUGUGACCGAGGUCUACGACAUGCUGGAGCUGGUAGAAGACGAGCUAGAAGAAGAGUGCGUUCCGAACCUCGUGGAACAGAUCCUGUCAGGCAUCUCUGAGGAGGCGGACACCCUUGUUCUCCAGGAGACGGUCUCCUUCAUGAUCUCGGUUGCAGUGUCUGCCGAAGUAGCACUCUUUGAACAUAUCAUUGACACCCUCAACAGCGUCAUCGCGGGUGAGCGCCGGCAGUCACUUAUGGCACCUCCACCAUCGGAGACGCCGGGCAGCACCGAUGAAGCUUCGAAUCCUCAGAGCCCGGCUGAUGUCGUGACAAGAGGCUUCGUGCUACUGUUCCUGAAGACUAUGAACACCGACAGUCGCAAAGCCAGCGUAGCCUUCAAUCUUCUCGUGGAGAUCACCAGGUCUGCUCAGUCCACCGAUGCCCGCCUGACCGCCAUGAAGUUGCUCUUCCGACUGAGAGCUGACUGGGCAAACCGCAUCUACGUCAUAUCGUUCACUGAAUCCGAGGGACUGGCCGGCGUGCUUCACAGAACAGAGGCUUCACUGGCCAGGAAGCUUGCUGAAGACGCAGCGACUCUGCACAGGUCCAAGAGCGAGCAUGCAGGAAACUCAAGAGCAGCCAGGGGCGUUUCCUUUGGCACAGCGGUACAAGAUAGGAUGGUACCGAGUCGCACAGCUAGCAGCGUGAAACAUGGCGCUUCCAGGUACCACCAGCUUUGGUCCCUGCCAGACGCAGACGCCCUGCCAGAGACGCCCUCCUCGAGCGCUAGUCCGGUACUAUUCUCUCACGUGGAUAUGGAGGUGCAGCAAAAAGAUAAGACCCUCGGGGACGGCGCAGACGUUGGGGCAGACCAAGACGAAGAAGAAGCAGUACAUAAUAAAGCGCCACUGUUUGGGAACCUUCGCAUCACGUCAUGGCUCGACGCGAUCCUCCACAACCUGACCUCAGGCGGUGCUGAUUGGGAAAUAUACAGCUUCUGCCUUGUUCACCUGCCAUCACAGCUCAGCAACCACGCGCUGUUCAGGGACGCCAUCACGCAGAUACGAGAAGCUCGUCGAAUCAUGUGUGAGCAGAGCAAGCACAACCUAUUCCAGGACCCACCACCAGCCACGGGCCUCCGUCGACCCGAGGUCAACAUCUGCAUCUUUCAGGCGCUGACAACGAUCAUGAGUUAUCAUCAGGACUUUACGAAAUCUGAGGACGACGACCUGGUGCGGACCUUCUUGCAGGGCAUAGGUCAUUCGACGGCAAAGACGUGCAUUCAUGCCCUGACCAUCUGCUGUCACGAGAUGCCCCUCGCCACCACGAGGGCACUGGUCAACAUUCUGCAAAAGAUGUCGACCGUCAUUACGCAACCAUACGUCGCGGUGCACAUCUUGGAAUUCUUGGCCGGUCUUGCCAGGCUGCCGGCACUGUACAGCAACUUCAUUGAUGACGACUUCCGUAUCAUUUUCGGAAUGUGUUUUCGAUAUCUCGACACAGUCCGUGAUAAGAAGCGAUAUGCCCGCAACAGCUAUUCUGGUGAGAAUGUGGCUGCUACCAUCAACGCGACUCACGAGUACAACAUGCUUGGGCAGCCUACCAUCAGUGAUGACUUGCCUCAAUAUGUCUACGCUCUUGCGUACCACGUCAUCAGCUUCUGGUUCUUGGCCUUGCGACUGACAGAUCGAGCGAAACAUGUCAAUUGGAUCGCAAAGAGGCUCUUUCAAGGCCCGGACGGCGGCUUGACAUCGGACGAGCAGGCUCUCAUCACCAUGGAUUUCCUGCAGAGGGUGGCAUAUGCAGACGCGGACGACUCGGCAGAAAGCCCUUGGUUCACGGAAGCCAAGCGAGACGAGUACACGGAGAAACGAUGGAUUGUGGCCAACAGCUUGGUUUCCAUCAAGCAGGCCAAAUCUACGCCAUGGGCACAGGUCACAAGGAGACAACCAUCGGGCACCUCUUAUUUCACCGUCCGCGAAAACUUCCGGGCGCCGCCACCCCAUCAAGCCGGCAGCUUUGGGGAGAGAAAAGACAGGGCUUCGCUGACGACGAAUAGCUCCCUUCCCAGCCACCUUCUUGUCCACAUGCUCUCGUCUAUUCCCCAGAGCCCCGAGGCAGUUCUGCGGCCUAUCCCCCUCCCGGACGAGGAAGCUGUCGCUCGAAGCAUCAAGAUCUUUGAUCGCAUCUCCACCGUCGAUGGGCACAAGGUCGGCAUCAUCUACAUUGGCGAGAACCAGACCAGCGAGUCCGAGAUCCUGCAGAACGUCUCUGGCAGUGCUGACUACGUUGAGUUCCUGAACGGCAUUGGCAUGCUCACGAAAUUAAAGGGCGCCGAGUUCAAUACGCAGGGUCUGGACCGAGAGUUUGAUACGGAUGGCCAGUACACGUUCUGCUGGCGCGAUCGAGUCACGGAAAUGGUUUUCCACGUCAUCACGCAGAUGCCAACCAACCUCGAGUAUGAUCCUCAGUGUAUUCAAAAGAAGAAGCACAUUGGCAACGACUUUGUGAACAUCAUAUUCAACGACUCUGGUCUCCCUUUCAAGUUUGACACCUUCCCCUCGGAAUUCAAUUAUGUCUACAUUGUCAUCACACCAGAGUCUCGGGCCUCAUUCACUCUUCACGGCGGACCAAACGAAUAUUCGCCCUUCUUCAAAGUACAGGUGAUGAGCAAAGAGGGCUUCCCCGAGAUCUCACCUUGCGCAGCAACCAAGAUGGUCGACCUGAAGGCUCUGCCGGACUUUGUGAGGCUGCUAGCCUUGAACGCGUCCGUCUUCUCGCUCGUCUGGGCCAACCGUGAAUCAGGCGAGUAUCCCUCGUCCUGGCGCAGCCGACUCAGAGAGAUCAACCGCCUGCGCGAACGGUAUGCGCCCAAGGGCCUCAUCACCUCGACAUCUACCAUGCCUGGACAGACAUCAGGGCACCCUCCGCCCCCUCAGCAGCAGGUCGAAAGCCGCCCUUCGAGCGGGCUCAGGGACAGUACCAUUUCUGGUCUCAGCGGCAUGCGGCGUGCAUCGGUAGCCACGUUCCUGACCUCUACGAGCGAGCCGAACUCUCAGAGCCAUCGAAGCUCGGUGCUGAGCACGGCGACGGCCGACACAGAGAUGGUCAUGCCACCCAGCAACUUGGACUACGUUGUGGAGAGCUUAGAUUUCUCCAAGUGGGCUUGAAAAGCCCUUUCUCUGCACAUAUUUACGCGCUAUGCAUGUUACAUGCGACUAUGAUUGGAAGAAGAAGAGAAAAAAACCAGGGGAUCGUCUUCAAGGAAAUUCUAGGCGGGAAGGGGUAGGGCGAAAACUAUCUGGAGAAGAAAAAAAUCUGGUCUGCUCGGAAUGAAGUGAGGUGCAAUAAUAGAAACGGUUGAAGGGGCUUUGUCUGCGUUUUCGAGCGUUGCGGAUGGAGUCUAGGAAUAUGGGCAGGCGUGCUUGACUAUACCACAAAAGUUACUGCUUUUUCAUCUGCAUUCGACCUCGUCUCUUCUCUCUCUCCCUAUUUCUUUUUCUUUUGUCUUUACUGGCAACUAUUUACGCGGAGAACAGAGGGCAUGUGGUGGUCGAAACUCCAAACAGGAGAACACCGGGGCCGUACAGCAGACAGAUCGAUCACCUGUGUGUAUUAUAGAUACCAACCCCCAAAGAAAAACACUGCGUCUCCGCUCCUGAACAAAGGAUGUCGAAGGUCUGUUGUCUAACC